CGUCGCUGUGCGUGCGCGGUGCCGCGGCGCUGCCCUGUUUGUUUGUGCAGAGGACGAAAAUGGCGGAGAGGAGAGAGCCGAGCGAGAAAUAAAGAUAUAUAAACAACAGCUGUAUCACCAGUGACAAAUAUGAAAGAGCGUGGAAAUUAAAAAUGAACAAUACCGUAUCUACCGUUAUUUUAUGCAGGAGAUAAAGUGCAUGGAGACAAAUGAAGCUCUGCAGCAAAAAGGAAUUUGGGAAGCAGGUUCUGAAUUCGCUAACUGCUAGCUAGUGAGGGAGCGAGCUAACAACAGUAACAGUGUGUUAUCUAGCUACAUGUAGUUAGCGAAGCGUAACACUGUAAAUUGGUCUGUAAAGCUAGCUCGUAAAUAAAGAUUUCGCUAAUUAGCUGGCUGUCUGUCUAUUUAUACAGCAAGCGUAGAUAGGUAAGUUAGGGUGACAGCCGGCAACAGAUUUGCAAGAACCACUGAUCGAAUACCAACAAGACGGCUUACAUGUCAAACAUAUUUGCAUGUGAAUGCAUGCAUAAUCGUCUCGCACAUUGUCAAAAAGGGAUCCUACGCGAAGCACGAAAACAGGGCCAGGGCUGCCCCCCCCGUUCCACCCUCUCCCAGCAGGAUGGUGCUGAGUGAAGGGGAGGACACUGCGCCGUAGCAACCCGCCCCCCCACCCCCCCCCCCCCCACUCCGAAGCACAACCCAGAGGACUACACGCCCCCAGCCCCACAUGAGCGCCUCCCAGGAGCCCUAAAUCAAGCGUGCCGUAGCUCAACAUGAGUGCCCUCGGGGAAAAGGCCCUGGACCCCACCGUCCCAGAGUCCCGCAAGAGGAAGGGCUCGCCCUGCGACACCUCCGCACAGAGUGCCGACAUGCGGCGGCGGGAGCUGGGGUGGCGCUACAUCGACGAGCUGGCGGACCUGCUCUCCGCCAACAUGGGAGACAUCGCCGGACUCAGCGUCAAGCCGGACAAGUGCCACAUGCUGAGGAGCGCCGUCGACCAGAUCCAGCAGAUCAAGAAACGCGAGCUGGAGAAAGCCGCGCUGAUGUCGAUGGCGGACAGCGAGGUGCAGAAGAGCGACAUUUCGUCCAGCAGCCAGGGGAUGGUGGAGAAGGAGGCCCUGGCGCCGCUCCUGCUGGAGGCGCUGGACGGGUUCUUCUUCGUGGUGAACGGAGAGGGCCGGAUCGUGUUCGUGUCGGAGAACGUGACCGGCUACCUGGGCUACGCCCAGGAGGAGCUGAUGACCUCCAGCGUCUACAGCAUCCUCCACGUGGGGGACCACAACGAGUUCGUCCGCAACCUCCUCCCCAAGAGCCUGGUGAACGGCAUGCCCUGGCCGCAGGACAGCGCUCGCAGGAACAGUCACACCUUUAACUGCCGCAUGCUGAAGCGGCCCCCGGACGAGAUCGACUCGGAGAACCAGGAAGCGCGGCAGCAGUACGAGAUCAUGCAGUGCUUCACCGUGUCCCAGCCCAGAGCCGCCCUGCAGGAGGAGGGCGAAGAUCUGCAGAGCUGCCUCAUCUGCAUUGCCUGCCGCCUGCCCCGGCCACAGCCGAUCCCCGUCAGCACAGAGUCCUUCAUCACCAAGCAGGACCCCACAGGAAAGAUCAUCUCCAUAGAGACCAGCGCCCUGCGGGCGACGGGACGUCCGGGCUGGGAGGACCUGGUACGGAAGUGCAUCUACGCCUUCUUCCAGCCCCAGGGCAAGGAGCCGUCCCACGCCAAGCAGCUCCUGCACGAGGUGAUGGCCCACGGCACGGCCAUCAGCCCAGUGUACCGCUUCACCCUCAGCGAUGGGACGCCCCUCAGUGCCCAGACCCGCUGCAAAUUCUGCUGCCCCCCCAACCCCGACGUGCAGCCCUUCAUCAUGGGCAUCCACACUAUCGACAGGGAACACAACACUGCUAGCUCUCAGGAAAACACUACCCCCAGCCUUCCACCCACCCACGGGAGCCCGUCUCCCGCCCAGCCCUCCCGCUCCCCCGCCGUCCAGCCGGGCAGCGAGCUCAGCCAAGCCCCAGGCCUCGGCCUGCAUCUCAACAACGGCGGCCCCGGCUCGGCCGCGGGCUACCUGACGCCCAGCCGCAUGUGCCCGCCGCAGCAGGUCAGCAGCCCGUCCCCCCUGGGCAGCCCCCUGGGGGCCACCCCUACCUCGUUCGUGUCGCCGCGGCCGCCGCGCGGCAGCCCCGGGCUGGGCGGGAGCCCGCGGGUCCCCGGGAACCCCUUCUCGCCCUCCACGCCGAGCCUGCACUCCCCCGCGGGCACGCCCAGCGGCAGCAGCAGCAGCGGCGGCGGCGGACUGAGCCGCCAGGCGUCCGGGGGCGAGGGGGGCGGCCUGGGGCUGUCCCUGCCCUCCCCCCUCCCGCAGAGACCCACGGCCCCCGCCCCGGCGGCCAAGCUCCCCGACCACCCCGUCCCGCCGGCCCCCGAAUCCAGGGAGGACCCCGGCAAGGCCCCGCCGCAGCUGGGCAACCCCAAACUCAACCAGCUCCUGGACGCCUGCGCCGGGGGGCGGGGCCCCGAGCCGGAGGCCCCGCCCUCGCUCCCCGGCCAGUGCCCCGCCUCCCACAGCUCCCUGACGGAGCGGCACAAGAUCCUGCACCGCCUCCUGCAGGACAGCAGCCCCUCGGAGCCCGCCGAGGGGGUGAAGAAGGAGCCCCAGCUGAAGAAGGAGCUCGCCAGCAGCCCCGGCGGCGGGACGGGGGCCAAGGACGCCUCCGACCAGCACCAGGACCACCAGCUGCUGCGCUUCCUCCUGGACACGGACGAGAAGGACCUGGAGAACCUCCCGCCCCCAGCCACCCUCAGCCUGCAGACCAUCCGCGUGAAGACGGAGAGGAAGUCCAGCACGGAGACCCCCUGCACGGCCGUCGGCUCCCCCCAAGCCGGCGAGCGGCCCGGCAACACGCCGUUCCCCAGCGCUGAUCUGGACACGCUGACCCAGCUGCUGCCGGCCCUGAGGGGGGGGGCGGGGCCCCAGGCGCCGGAGGACCAGGGCGCGUCGCAGCCUGCGGAGGCCCACAUUCCCCGGGGCGUGAGCGUCAAGCAGGAGCUGUCCAGCGCGGCGGGCCGGGCCUUCGCCGACGGCGCCGGCCUCCAGAGCCAGUCGCCCUUCGAGUUCCGCAGCCCCUCCACCCCCAGCCAGGGCCAGGGAGACCCCUUCCAGCCCCCGAAGGACGGCAGCCCCUACCCCCCCGAGGCGGGGCACGGGAACGCCUUCAGCGCCGGCGCAGGGCUGUCCAAGAUGGAGAUGGCGGGGCCUCAGCAGUUCCAGCCUGAGGCGCUGCCUUUCGACGGGACCCUGGGCAGCGCGACCCCGGCCCCCCACCCCUCGCCCCAGGAGCCUUGCACGCCGCUGGAUGAGAUGCUGUGCCCGCCCACCACGCCGGAGGGGCGGAACGACGAGAAGGCCCUGCUGGAGCAGCUGGUGUCCUUCCUGAGCGGCACGGACGAGAGCGAGCUGGCCGAGCUGGACCGGGCGCUGGGCAUCGACAAGCUGGUGCAGGGCGGCUGCCUGGACCCCGUCUCCCAGCGGUUUCCCUCUCCGGCCCCGCAGGCGGCCCCCGGGCCGCCGGACCCCAAGCUGCCCGGCUACCCCGCCCAGUUUCCCCCCGGCUCCCCGCAGUUCCCCCCCGAAAUGGGCCGGGCGCAGGGCAUGGGGUUCGGGGCCCCCCGGCCCCCGUUUCCCGGGGGCAUGAACAUGGCGAUGCGCCCGACCAUGGCCAGACCCCCCGGCCUGCCCAACCAGCUGAGGCUGCAGCUCCAGCAGCGUCUGCAGGGCCAGCAGCAGAUCCUGCAGCAGAACAGACUGGCAGCCAUGAGCCAGUUCCCCGGCGGGGGUCACGUUGCCAUGGGGAUGCCCCAGGGCAUGCAGCAGACGCAGAUGCCGUCGCAGCCUCCCCUGAACGCGCAGAUGCUGGCGCAGAGACAGCGGGAGCUCUACAGCUUCCAGCACCGGCAGCGCCAGCUCCUGCAGCAGAAGGUGAUGCUGAUGAGGCAGGGGAUGGCCGCGGGGCCCAUGGGGCCCGCCCGCAUGCAGAAGGGCCCCCAGCAGCAGCCGCUGCAGCCGUCGCAGUCGCCGCAGCAACAGCAGCAGCAGCAGCAGCAGCAGCCGCAGUUCGCCUACCCGCCCAGCUACACGCCGGCCGGAGGGAACCCGCCCACCUCCCCCAGCCACUUCAGCCCCAUGGGCGGGGCUCUGGACCCCAAGAUGGCCGCCAGGGGCGCCAUGGCAAACCAAGGCAUGAUGGGAAAUAUGCAGGGCCAGUUUGGGGGCGCGGUCAACUCCCCAGUGCAGCCCAGUCUUUUCCAGCAGUUUGGAGGCUCAGGAAUGGGCCAGCAGGGGGAGCCACCAUUUCCCCCAUCCCUCAGCCCCACCAGCCCGCUGCUUUCGCCGCAGAUGUCCGCCUCCCAGAGUCCUCUGCUCCAGCAGACGCAGCCGCCGCCCGGCUACCAGUCACCUGACAUGAAGAGCUGGCAGCAAGGCGGCAUGGGCAACAACAGCAUCUACAACCAGUCUGGGCAGAAUACACCUCAGGCCUUCGGGCAGCAGGGCGUGUACAACAACAUGAGCAUCACGGUGUCGAUGGCUGGAGGCUCCGGGGGCGUGGCCUCCCUACCUCCCAUGGGACCACCUGUUGGCAUGGGCAACAGUUCCCUGGGCAACGUCAGUUCCAUGUGCAACGAUCAGGUACAACAGGUUCAAGUGUUUGCUGAUGUCCAGUGUACCGUUAAUCUGGUCGGCAGUGACUCCUAUUUGAACCAGUCUGGGCCAAUGGGAUCGCAGAAAGGGUCGACGGGCGGACAGAGCACCCAAUCGCAGCAGAAAAGCCUCCUCCAGCAGCUCUUAACUGAAUGACACUGUCGCCGAGUGCUGGGAGCGUUUUUCCCCGCAGUGAGCUAUAUUUAUAUUUUUUACAUUUCGGUUUCUAACUUUCAGCAGGAGUGGUUCUGAAGGUAUGGUAUUUCUGGGGGGAGAGGGGGAGGGCGAGAUGUGCGGAUGUCUCAACCUGUGGGAAGAAGGCUCAUUCCUGGUUACCUACUUUAAAAAGAAAAAAAAAAGAGAGAAAAAAAAGAAUCUGCUUCCUGAUUGGAGAAGGAUCCCGUUUUCCGGAUUUGCCAAGUUAAGAAGGACCUGCUACCUGAUUGGCCGUUUGCUGUCGGGCAGGCGCAGUGCUUCUUGGGUAAGAGACUGCACGGCUCCGCUCAGGGCGCGGUCUUUGCCGACCGGCAUGACGACGCAAGGGGCACAACUGACAAUUUUUCUCCUGUUGUGCAAGGAAAGCUCAGUUUCAGCGGGAUCUGUCACUGAUUGGCUCUCCACAGCAGUGCCUGCUGGGAGGACUUUCCCAGUUUGUUUGUUUUUUUUUUUUUUUCUUUUCUUUUCUCUUCUUCUCGAUGAAUCAGAACAAGAACAGCCAGGGACAGGAGUGUCGCCCACCCAGUGUGUGCCACAGACUCCCCUGGGGGAACUGUUAUAAAUACUAGACUACAGACUCUUCGGUAAAAGUCUCUUUUUUCUCCUCAGCAGCUGUGAAUAAGGACCCGUCUGGCCCUCCUCGGCCAAUCAGUGUUUGACAUGUGUGCUAAUCAGGCUGGUAGUAUUGUACAGUAGACGGACACAUUUGGGAUGAGCUAACACUUUCUACUUUCCUUUUAACGUGGAUGAAUUAUUCUAAUGGCAACAGUUCGUUUUUUGAAGUCAAACUCACAAUAUGUUGUAUGGAUUUGAAGCAGGACUUUUUUUGCCGUUUAAUUUUGAGAAUUGGUACCUGUCUAUGUUUUAUUGUUUUGUUUUUUGUUUGUUCUUUUUUUUUUUUUUUUUUUUUCCAAGGCGCAAUGUUUUGGCAUCAGGAGAACGUGGACAUCUACAGAUGUAACCCAGCAAAAUGUUGUUGUCGUUCGUGGGGGGAUUGCUCGCUCUCUGCUCGUUUAAUGUGAAGAGGAAAAGAUUGUUUAGAAUUAGAUUGUUCAGUUAUGGUCAGGCUAGCUUUGCUCUUCCACACCAUAAACCCUCCCCUGCCCCCCCCCCCCCCCCCUUUAAAAAAAAAAAAAAAACUCCACCCCCCCCCCCCCACCCCAAUACGAGGUGUUGCAAUCCCAUAUGAUCAACCGCUAUAAAUAGAUUACUGUGUUUUACAGUAACGUUACGUUUCGUAGGGAGUUUUGUUUCCCGGACAACAGUCAUCUCAGUUAUAAAAAAGGGGGGUUUGUGAAGGAAAAAUUGGGAAAUGGCGUUUUUUCCUCUGUGCAGGCCCCCUCCCCUCUCCAGUUAGCCUCUGAGGACGGCCUCGGCCGCCACCCCGCUGGCUACACACUACGGCUCGUAGGCUGCUCAUGUGACUACUGUCGCCCAGUCAGACACUGUUGGUCAGCGCUAACCUCCAUCGACGCUGACGUAACACUAUCGCUAAAGGAUCUUGGCAGCGGACGUCGUUUUUAACGAUCCGCAAAUUUUUUGAAAAAAUUAAAAGAAAAAAAAUUUAAAAAGCUAUUAACAAGCAAUAACCUGUCACGAAGAGAGAAGGCGAGAUUUGGCGGGGGGAGGGGGGGGGGGGCGGAUUUUUACAGCGAAAAGAAAAUCGACAGUCUGAUUGUUUCUUUCUUUUUUUUUGUUUUUGCUAUUUUGAGUGUCUGACCAACUCCGGCCACAAGAAAGGCUUUAAAAAAAAGAAUUCCACUGUCCGAACGACCUGUUGCCUGAGCGCUGGGACUGCGCGUACGCGAGGUAUUCCACAAAGUGCGCGACAUUAGCAGAGCGGAGCUGAGAAGAGGGUGGUCCGGAGGGUCUCGCGCGCCCAACCCCGUCCUCGUGCCCACCGCUUUCAGACGUACUCCAGUGAUGCUCCACCGUUUGUGAAUCGCUGUUAGCGUUUAUGUGGGCUGCGUGUGAGUGUGCGCUCGUGCUCCGUACGCGCGGCGGCUGUACGUCCCCGUGUCCCCCCCCCUCCCCCCGCCCUCUACUGCGGUCGUGGCCUUUUUUUCGGUUUGGAGGGCCGCUCGCUGUAAUUUGGAAGAUGCACCAGAAAAUGAAUCAUUCCUCCACGGCUUAGGUCUUGGCGUCUGUUUUUCGAAGCCCUUCGUGUGCCUGAUUGAAGGUUAACAGUCUCUCUCUCUCUCUCUCUCUCUCUCUCAUGCACCCAUUGUUGCGCAUAUUACGAGGUGUGCAAAAAACACCUGUUUUUACACCACUGCUUUAGCUACCGGCUAUCUCUCUCUCUCUCUCUCUCUCUCACUCACUCACAAACACUCACUACUGAUGCACGCCUCAGCAGUUUUUAAGGUGAUAUUUUUUCGGUAACAGACUGACAGAAGUAUUUGGGAAAUGAGAUGGGCGCGUGAUGCUGUAUAUUUACGCGCCAUGGGGCAAUUGCAUUUCGUCGUGGUGCUCCAGUUUGCUUUGGCCCAUACCAUAGAGGUGUGACGCACGCAGUAGACCGGUCGGGAGGAGUAUCAGGACGCGUAGAGCCACAUGGGUACAUGUAAAUGUAUAUUUACAUCAAAAAAAAGUGGAAGCAAUACACGAGCGGUGUUGUUUUGUGGAUAAUCUGUGUAAUUCGGAAACUUGCUGGGGAUAUCGGCAUUUUGCAUUGUGUAAAUACACCGAACGGCAAGAAGAUCACGUUUCCAACGCGUCACACCACCAUCCUGUUUAGUGUGUUGAAAAAUUCAGAUGCUUUUUUUCCUCCAAAAUUCAAUGAAUGGGAUUCACUUAAUUCAGCCUUUUUGAUGGCCCACCAGUCUUAUUUAUAUUUGCGAGUACAGUACUACACUGUUAGUUUUAGCUGUGCUGCACAAAUUAAAUUUGUGCAGCACAACUAAAUUUUAGUUGUUUUGCAUGAUUUUACUACACAAGUACAAAAAUUUGUUUCGAAAACCAUCUUAGAGGCAUGUACAAUCAAUUUUCAAUUAGCCUCCAAGGGGUAAAAUUAAAACAGCAUACCACUACAGUAAAACUGUAUAUAAAAAGAAAAUAAUAAUAUUUAUCUGUUGAGAAUUCAAGUUGUCUAGUACUCCAGAAUUGCGUGUGGAUAUGAUAUUUUGCUUCCAUUUUUUUUUUUUUUAAGUAUGGCUGUGUGAGUGAGAGAAUGUAUGUGAUUAAUACUGUAUAUCUUGUGUUUCAAAUGGAAAAGGAAAGGAAAUGUCCUGAUUUUGAUUUCUUCUAUCUUUUUAGAUGCCUGCAUAUUUUCCUGUGGGUGUUAAGGUUGCUCUUCAUGCGAGAGAAUGGUUUUGAGACUGCUGAAUGUGUUUUAAAGAAGAGAGAAGCAGUGCGGACUGGCUUUUGUACGGGUUAAUUUUUGAAAAAAAAAGGCCAUAUUAUUUAAUUUGUCUCUGUUGUCAAAAGUUUAAACAGAUCUGAAAAAGUGGAACCUUGGUUUUAAGAGAGCACUGCUUGUGUAAUUCUAAUGGGGUUUUUGUUCACCCCUGACCAGUACAGAUCUAGUUUAUACUGCUAGUACGUCUAGUCAGUGCAAUCCUGUUGAUGAAGCAUGAUUGCAUGUUAAGAAAUGAUGACCAAAGCUUCAAUAUGUUGAAAAUUGUAUCGUAUGCAAACCUCGGGUAGACUGGAGGAGACAAAGCAUAGCAUUAACCUUAAAAAAAAAAAUGUAUAAAAUAAUAAUCCCAUAAUCCUAUAUGUAUAAAUAGCCUGUUGAUCAACAGUAGUAUUGUGUGGUAUACAGUUUGUAAAGUGUUACGCUUUAUUUCUUUCUUCUUCUUUUUUAAACCUCUUUUAAAAAAAAAAAAUAAUGACUUGCUGCCUCACUCCCGUUUUCCGAAGAUACUGACAAGUGUCCUAACAGUCUUGGCUUUUUCCGACUGUCAUUCUGGUCCGUGGAGUUUCCCCAAAGUAGAACCCCCCCCGCCCCCCUCAGAGUCUGUCUCCUGCUGCCGCUGGUGCAUGCAAACAAAGUGAACUGACCAGAGGCCUUAGGGCCACGGGGACCAGCGGACGCGGGCAGGACGAACAGACACAGCCGCUAGCUAUGCACCUUAAACACACUCACAAGAUUCAAGUGCUCAAAUUGACACUGGAAUCAGAAUAUAAUCAGAUAUUUUAUAUUUUGCUUGUAUUCUUGGUGAACUUUUUUUUUUUUCUUCUUUUUUUGACAACUGUACAAAUCAAAGGACCGGUUUCUUCAUUUAGUUUUUUUUUUUUUAUUUUCUUUUUAUUUUACGAAACGCAUUAUUUGAUGUUCGGAACUGGAACUUUCUGAACAGUUUGUGAACUGAAACCGAUGAUGCAGAAUAUUCUGAAUUUGAAUUUCUAUAAAUUAUAUUAUUAUAUUUGAAUUUCUUUAGCUGAACACUUUAUACCAAAUUUGAGGUGCCUCUUGUACAUAUUUUCUGCAUUUCGAGGACUGAUCCUUACCGUUUGAUUAAAAUUAUCUUGUUAAUGAGGAAUUUCUUAUAUUAUCCUUUGUAAAAUAUGUAUGCUGUAUUUUACAUAAUUUUUUUACUGAAAUCUAAAUAUACCAGGCAUUUACAGGAAAUACAAUCUAGUUUUUGCACUUUAUAUCUAAAAUUCAGAGGAAAGAGGCCAUUGCUGUAGGUAGUCACAUCCAAAUUAGAUCAUCGCUACGUUAAAAGGAAUAGCCCCUGAAUGUAAUCAAAACGAUAACAGCGAUUUUACUCCUCCAGAAGUAAUCUUUGAAUUUCUCAGGCUUUUUGAAAACCUUGCUGAUGUCCCUCGACAUGUACGACAUUGAAAAUGGAAGCUAGCUCCCAUCUCUUCAGGAGUUGAAUAAAUGGCUAAUUUUUCUCAGCUACAGGUCAACACUAAUAGCUAUGCUCGACUUCACGAUUCAGGUUUCCUUUACCCCUGUCUAUAAGCUGCUUUAAGUUGAUAUUUAAUAGAGCUUUUAACAUUGUAUUUUGAAACAUUCCUUUUAAAACAAAGUCUCUCAGCUUUUGACUUGUCAACCAUGUUGUGCUCCUUCAAGUCUAUAAUGUAAUAACUGUGGCAUACUUAGCAUUGCUCCUAUCCAGCCCUCCUUCAACAAGCUUUCAGAUUGUCGACAUCCAGAUUUCUUUUGUUUUUAAUCGCUGAUAACCUCCUGCCUGUCUGCUGUACAACUGCUCUCUCUCUCUCUCCCUCUCUCUCUCGAUAACGCUUUUUACUCACCAAAUACCUAACACCUAACUAUAAGCGGUAUUUUUCUCCGGCGUCUGAAAAACUUAGGAGCGCAACUGUUUGUCUGAGAAAUAAUGCUUGUCAAGUAUUGUAAAUGCUGCCUUAUUGAUACUGAUAUUGGUUUGUGGUUGUUCAGGCGGGUCUAGAGCUCGUCUGUAUCUCUCCAUUAACACAUGGAACGCUCUCUUGAAACAAGGUUCCACUUUUUCCCUGUAAAAUUAAUAUAAAUAAAUAUAUAUUAUACAUUUUA